AUGACCCCGAAGUCCACCCCGGAGAAUCCAACCAAAGAUGAGCCGUGGAUGUACUGCCUCUCCCGCGGCAGGGCCAGAGCGGAGAAGAUGCCCCCGUUCGGCUACGCGGGCCCGCUCAGACCUUACCCCAUCAUGACCCCGCGCAAUCCCCUCCACCUGAGGGACCUCCCGCCCAACGUCCCGGUCACCGACUACCACGAGGACGCCGAGCCCACGUCUGAGAUUGAGUCGAAGCAGCAGCAGAUGACGGUGCAGUACAAGCCGGGGCAGAUCGACGUCCUUCGAAAGUGCUGCCAGGUGGCGCGCGGCGCGCUGGAUGCCACCAUCCGCGCCGCCAGGCCCGGGGUCACCACCGAGGAGCUCGACAAGAUCUGCCACGCGUACAUCACCGCGCACGGGGGGUACCCGUCGCCGCUCAACUACUACAACUUUCCAAAGUCGUGCUGCACCAGCGUCAACGAGGUCAUCUGCCACGGCAUCCCUGACGCCAGGCCGCUGCAGAGCGGGGAUAUCCUCAACGUGGACGUCACCGCGUACAUCUACGGCUACCACGGCGACCUCAACGAGACGGUGCUCAUCGGGGAAUGCGACGACGAGUCCAAGCACCUGUGCAUGACGGCGUACAAGUGUUUGCAGCGGGGCAUCGAGACGGUGAAACCCGGGGCUAGGUACAGGGACAUCGGCGAGGAGGUCACCAAGCUCGCGACGCAGCGUAAGUGCUCCGUGGUCAAGAGCUACUGCGGCCACGGCAUCGGCACGUUGUUCCACUGCGCCCCGAACAUCCCCCACUACGCCAAGAACAAGGCUGUCGGAUCCAUGAAGGAGGGGCACGUGUUCACCAUCGAGCCCAUGAUCAACGCCGGCGACUGGCGGGACGAGACGUGGCCGGAUGGUUGGACGGCUGUGACCCGCGACGGUAAGCGGUCCGCGCAGUACGAGCACACGAUGGUGGUGACGUCAGAUGGCGUCGAGAUCUUGACGCGCAGGAACGAGGACUCCCCGAGGGUGUUCCCGUGGACGGAUGGGGAGAGCGAGGGGGUCGUGCCGGGGAGCUGA